GGCAAGGCUGGUAUAAAGUCAAGUUCGUGCUCGUUCGCCCUCAGUCCGCUGCUAGCCGCCCCUGUCACCACCCUUCUGCAUCGACAUUGAACUUGUUGACAAUGAUGAGCAGUGGCGGGCGAGUGGGGCGCAGCGCGCUUGUGAUGCUGCUGGUGUCGCUGGGGGCUGCAGUCGAGGUGUUCGACGCUGCUGCGGACCCUACAGCUGCUCAGGACAACAACAUAGAUUCCGACCUGUUCAGAGAAUCGGAUGCUCUCAUGCAGAAUGUGUUCACGUUUGACCAGAUUGUGAACCGGCUUCUGGAAGGGUUUGCGCGUGAGCAAGACAACAUGAUGCCGCAUUAUAAGUCAAACAGGAUCGACUUCCAAGUGGCGUCCAACUUUCCAAUAGAAUACAAGGAAGUGAUGAAGAGGCUACCUUCGGCCUUGAGGUCCCAGCCGGUCAGGCCGCAGCAGAAAUGGAAGAUCAAGAAAGGCAAGGCUCUUGGAACCCAAAUGGUGUGUUACUUCAAGCUGUGCGCGUUCCGAUCGCCGCACUAAGCUGGUGGCCGCUACCUGUUGACCGUGACAUGCCGACAACAGCGUAUCAAGUGACAUGGCUGCGCAUGCGCCUGGUUGCGCCUCUCUCGUGUGAAUACUUCGAAAAAAAGUAUUAUUACUUUCCAUUUAAAGUAUAAUUAUAUUUUUGUUUGUAAAAGUGCCGACUUGAUAGGUAAUUUUGAUCGAUAUUCUUAUUGAUAAUCCACUAUUGACGCCAAAACAACAAGCGAGCGUAGUUAAAUGAAAAAAAAAAAACUCCAUACAAAUUGACGUGACG